AAUUUCUGGAAAAUUUGCUAGUUUGUAUUCUGGUUUCAUAAAGUAAUAUUUCAUACAAUAUGUUGUUCCUUGUAUUACUGGCAUUAACCGGAAGCAUUGCUUCAGUUUAUUCAAAAACAGAUAGAAUUGUGUGUUAUUAUGAAAGUUGGGCUGGUUAUAGAAACGGAGAUGGAAAAUUUGAAAUUAAGGAUAUCGAUCCGAAUUUAUGCACCCAUCUCAUCUAUGCUUUCGCUGGUUUAAAUGAUGAUUCUACCAUUAAAAUUUUAGAUAACUGGGCAGCAUUAGAUUUAGGUGGAUUUAAAAAUUUCAACGACCUUCGUAAUAAAAAUUCUAAACUGAAAACAUUAAUAGCUGUUGGCGGUGCGAGCGAAGGAUCUGCUAAAUAUUCUGCAAUGGUAUCGUCUGCUAGUAAAAGAAAAACAUUUAUUCAAAGCGCUGUUAAAUUCAUACAAGAAUAUAAUUUUGAUGGUUUGGAUUUGGAUUGGGAAUACCCAGCUCAAAAUGGUGGCAAACCAGCAGACAAAGAAAAGUUUGUAUCACUUUUGAAAGAAAUGCGAAAAGAAUUCGAUAAGAACGGUUACUUAUUAUCAGCGGCAGUCGCAGCUUGGGCUGAAUCAGUUGAUACUUCUUAUAAUGUACCGGCUUUAUCACAAUACUUAGACUUUAUCAAUGUGAUGACUUACGAUUUACACGGAUCUUGGCAGUCAGUUACUGGACAAAAUGCACCAUUGUAUCCAUCAUCUUCUGAUGUUACAGAUUUUGAAAAAAGUCUCACAGUCGAUGCCUCUAUAUCCGGUUGGAUUCAAAGAGGAGCUUCUCCUUCUAAACUCAAUAUGGGCGUUGGUGCUUAUGGAAGAUCUUUUACUCUGCGAAGUAGUGGCAAUACUAAAGUAGGUGCGCCUACAAAAGGAGCUGGUAAACCAGGAAAAUACACAGGAGAAGGUGGUUAUUUAGGUUACAAUGAAAUUUGUGAAAAUGUUAAGGCUGGAUGGACCGAAGUUUGGGAUGAUCAGCAAAAAGUGCCUUACGCUUAUAAAGGAAACCAAUGGGUUGGAUAUGAUAAUCCCAAAUCAAUUGCUAUAAAGGUUGAUUAUGCAAAAUCUCGUGGAUUAGGUGGCAUAAUGGUGUGGGCUUUGGAUACCGAUGAUUUCCGUGGAAAAUGUGGAGACGUUAAUCCAAUUUUGAAUCAAAUCAAAAACAGUUUGAAACUAGUUUAUAUACACGUUCCAAACAGUAAUAUUUCAUAUAAUAUGCUGUUCCUUGUAAUAUUGGCGUUAACCGGAAGCUUUGCUUCAGUUUAUUCGAAAACAGAUAAAGUCGUGUGCUACUAUACAAAUUGGGCUGCUUAUAGAAACGGAGAUGGAAAAUUUGAAAUUAAUAAUAUCGAUCCGAAUUUAUGCACUCAUCUUAUCUAUGCUUUCGUUGGUUUGAAUGAUGAUUCGACUAUAAAAAUUUUAGAUUCCUGGCAAGGAGUAGAUUUAGGUGGAUUUAAAGAUUUUAACAACCUUCGCAAUAAAAAUUCUAAACUGAAAACAUUAAUAGCUGUUGGUGGUGCGAGCGAAAGAUCUGAUAAAUAUUCUGCAAUGGUAUCGUCUGCAAGUAACAGAAAAACGUUUAUUCAAAGCGCUGUUCAUUUCAUACAAAACUAUAAUUUUAAUGGUUUGGAUUUGGAUUGGGAAUACCCAGCUCAAAACGGUGGUAAAUCAUCAGACAAAGAAAACUUUGUAUUACUUUUGAAAGAAAUGCGAAAAGAAUUCGAUAAGCACGGUUACUUGUUAUCCGCCGCAGUCGCAGCUUGGCCUGAAUCAGUUGAUCUUUCUUACAAUGUACCAGAUUUAUCACAAAACUUAGACUUUAUCAAUGUGAUGACUUACGAUUUACACGGAUCUUGGCAGUCAGUUACUGGACAAAAUGCACCAUUGUAUCCAUCAUCUUCUGAUGUUACAGACUUUCAAAAAAGUCUUACAGUUGAUGCUUCUAUAUCUGGUUGGAUUCAAAGAGGUGCUUCUCCUUCAAAACUAAAUAUAGGUGUCGGUACUUAUGGAAGGUCCUUUACUCUACAAAAUAGUGGCAACACUAAAAUAGGUGCGCCUACAACAGGAGCUGGUACGCCAGGAAAAUACACAGGACAAAGUGGUUAUUUAGGUUACAAUGAAAUUUGUGAAAAUGUUAAAGCUGGAUGGACCGAAGUUUGGGAUGAUCAGCAAAAAGUACCUUACGCUUAUAAAGGAAACCAAUGGGUUGGAUAUGAUAAUCCCAAAUCAAUUGCUAUAAAGGUUGAUUAUGGAAAAUCUCGUGGAUUAGGUGGCAUAAUGGUGUGGGCUUUGGAUACCGAUGACUUCCGUGGAAAAUGUGGAAAGGUUAAUCCAAUUUUGAAUCAAAUCAAAACCAGUUUACAAUAACCUGCUGAUUCAAAAAAUGUUUCAUAAUGAAUAAAUAUGUAAAAGGAAUUGUUUAUAAUUAUGCGAUUACAAUACAUUGGUAAAUUCUA